AUGGAGUCUGGCAUGGAGGAGAUCCCAGUUAAAGUUGCAGUUCGAAUCAGACCUUUACUUUCCAAAGAAGUACUUCAUAACCACCAAGUGUGCGUGAGAUUAGUCCCAAACACACAACAAAUUAUCAUUGGGAAAGACCGUGUCUUCACUUUUGAUUUUGUAUUUGGCAAAAACUCAACCCAAGAAGAGGUUUAUACUGUUUGCAUUAAGCCUCUUCUAGUGUCUUUGACUGAGGGAUACAAUGCUACGGUGUUUGCAUAUGGACAGACAGGUUCUGGGAAGACUUACACCAUCGGAGGUGGCCACAUUGCAUCCGUUGCAGAGGAUGAGAAGGGCAUAAUCCCACGGGCUAUUCAGGAAUUAUUUCAGCAUAUUUCUGAAAAUAGUAACAUUGACUUCCAUGUGAAAGUAUCUUAUAUAGAGGUUUACAAGGAAGAACUUCGAGAUUUGUUGGAGUUGGAGACCUCUGUGAAAGAAUUACAUAUCCGAGAAGAUGAAAAGGGAAAUACAGUGAUUGUUGGUGCUAAGGAAUUCCAAGUAGAAUGUGCAAAUGAAGUGAUAAGCCUGUUGGAAAGUGGCAAUGCAGCUCGUCACACAGGCACGACACAAAUGAAUGAGCACUCUAGUCGAUCUCAUGCCAUUUUUACCAUCAGUAUUUGUCAGAAACAAUCUGCAGAGUCUCAGAAAAAUACUGAUGCUGCACAGGAUUCAUCUUGGAAAUCAGUCCAGAUGAUUGCUUCAAAGUUUCAUUUUGUGGAUUUGGCAGGAUCAGAGAGGGUGACAAAGACUGGAAAUACUGGUGAACGCUUCAAAGAAUCAAUUCAGAUCAAUACUGGUCUGUUGGCCUUGGGAAAUGUCAUCAGUGCCCUCGGAGACCCAAAAAGGAAAAGUGUACAUAUUCCAUACAGGGAUGCUAAAAUCACUCGUAUUCUGAAAGACUCCCUUGGAGGGAAUGCCAAGACUGUCAUGAUAACGUGUAUAAGUCCAUCCUCAUCAGACUUUGAUGAAUCUUUAAAUUCCCUCAAAUAUGCCAACAGAGCCAAAAACAUUAGAAAUAAACCAGUGGUAAAUUACAACCCCGAUCAAGACCGGAUUGAUGAAAUGGAAUUUGAAAUCAGAUUGCUUCGAGAAGCUUUGCAGAACCAGCAAGUCAGUAAUCAGUGUUCAUAUGACUUAAAUCAAGAAAGAACUCGUAUCAGUUCACUUGAGGAGCAGCUCACCCGGCUUCAGGUUCAAUGUUUCAGUUAUAGAAAUUGUGUAGAUGAAGCUUUCCCAUUUCUGGUUGAUUUGAAUGAUGAUGUUAGCUUAAAAAGAAGUCAGCGGGAUAGAUUGCAGAGCUGGAUCACUAUGGUACAGGAAGUAAGGAAGGAAGCUCUCACCAUGCAGGAAACUGACACAGGGAUGGGGACCAGCCAAGAGCCACAUCACAUCACAAUUCUUCAGCUAAAGAGGGAACUAAAGAAAUGCCAGCAGGCUCUAGUUAUGGAUGAAGAAGUAUUUAGCCAGAAGGAUCAUGAACUGCAGAUACUGCAGAAUCAGAUAAAGACAUUGCUACAGGAAAAUGAAGAACAACUGGAAUCUUUAAAGGAGGCUCAAGAAACACUUAGAUUACAGAAUGAGAAAAUGGUGGAACAGCAAAUGCUUAUUGAUCAGCUAAAAGAAAAACUAGAGAAGUUUACAGAUGUGAAAACUUUGGACUUCUCAAGUGCUUGUGGAGAUGGGCCAGCUGUUGUGGCAUCUGCAAGGAGGCCAUACAGUGUCCCUCUCACAAAGAGUCUGCUACACUCCCUUUACCCACCUUCAGGGACAGAGACCCGAAAGGUGUAUACCAGCCCCCCUGCCUUCUCCCUGGCCCGUGUAAUGGCAGAAUUCCGUGCUCGCAGCCAAAUGAUACUGAGCAACAUAGAAGAUCAGGAUACAGUCCUUCACUGCCACCUCUUUGAUCAGAGCGAUGAAGAGGAAGAAAAUACAGGCAGCAAAAAGAAAACCUCAUUUAAGCAUUCCAUAAACCGAACAUGGACACAAAAACAGGCUUCUCUGUGCUUUCUUCCUGAUAUAAGUGACAUGAAGUGUCAUGGAGACAAGUCUGGUUUAUCCAACAAAUCUCGGCUACAGAUUGACACAACCACAGGUGAAGAGAUUGACAGCCUCCAGAAAAGUCAUGUUUUUAACAUGCAGAAGUUAAAGAAUUCAGAGUUGAGACUCACUGAGGCCGAGCAAAAAAUGAGAGAACUUGCGCUUAAUAUCAAAAUGAAAGAGGAACUUAUUAAGGAAUUAGUAAGAAAAGGUAAAGAUGCUCAGUCUGUAAGCAGGCAAUAUUCUUUGAAGAUAACUAAACUGGAGCAAGAAUCUGAGCAGGCCAAAAUGGAACUGGCUGAAACACAAAAGCGGCUUCAGGAGCUGGAGAGUAAGGAGCUGAGAGACAUUCCUGAGAAAGCCAAGUUACAAAAAGAGUUCCGGAAGAAGAUGGAUGCAGCUAAGUUGAAAGUGCAGGCCUUACAGAAGAAGCAGCAAGACACUAAGAAUCUGGCUUCAUUAUCUAACCAAAGUGAGAGACAAGCAACAGAACUUGAGCAGAAUGUGGCUCAGAUGAAGCAUCAGCAGACCCAGCUGCAGAAGAGACUGUGUGAGGAGAGCGAAAAAAAGAAGCAACUAGAAGCAGAGAUUCAGCGGGACCAGCAACAAAUUAAAGAACUUCAACUGAAGAUGGAGCAACAAGAGAAGAUCCUUAAACUUAAGGAUAAAGAGAUUGCUGCAUUUAAAAAGAAGAAAAAUAACUCAGUGGGAACUUCCCAGAAGCUACAGAAAUUAGAAGAGCAAAAGAAAUGGCUGGAUGAAGAAAUGGAAAGAAUUCUCCAACAGCACCAACAGUUAGCAGAACUAGAAGAAGAUUUAAAGAAAAGAGAAGCCAUUAUAGCCAAAAAAGAAGCACUAUUGCAAGAGAAAAGCCACCUGGAAAUCAAGAAACUGAGAUCUAGUCAGGCUUUAAACAAAGACAGUAUGAAACUUUCUACUCGCUUAAGUAUGCUGGAUCAGGAACUGUGUGAUAAAGGUAUGCAGCUUCAGGGCAGCACCACUGAAGAUAAGACAGACAUUUUGGAAAAAAUUCAGGUUCUCCAGACGGAAAAGGAUCAACUGCUCAGAAGAAGAAAUAGCGUGGAUGAGAAACUGAAAGAUGGUAAAGUGUUGUCAAUGGAAGAAGAACAUGUCCUUUUCCAGCUGGAAGAAGGAAUUGAAGCCCUGGAGGCUGCUAUUGAUUACAAGAAUGAAAGUAUUCAGAAUCGCCAGCACUUGCUUAGGUCAUCUUCUCAGAUUCUUUCACAGAGCGAGAAUAAUGUAAUAGGAAAACUAGUUUCCCUGUCUGCUGCAGAGCUCAGAGCUAUCCUCUUCAAAUAUUUCAACAAGGUUUGUUUUGGUUAA